ACCAAAAGUAGUGCAGAAUCUGAAAUGGGUAUCUUUCUCUUCUCAGUUUUAGUUGGGCCUCUCUCUGUUUCAGAGCUGAGGGUCUGCUGCUCUGACUAGGGUUUUCAAUGUGGUAUUUAUUGUGCUGAAAAAAAAAAAAAAAAAAGAUAGUAGAGAGAGAGAGGAGAAAAAAAUUCAAAUUUUUUUUUUGGGUUGGGCUUAAUUGACAGCUGCUUCUAGAGGGUCUCCUUUUGAGGCCUUCUUUGAACUGAGUUUUGUGUUUUAUUUUGUCUUGGGAGGGCUUCCCUUUGAGUAGUUUUGGUUCUGCGACUUCUCAGUGCUGUCUUUGGAAAUAGGGGAAGUUAACACUUGUUUGAUCUUGGGUACAUAUUUUGCCUGUAGCUAGCUUCACAUGGGUGGAUUGAGCUUUGAAUGAAUAUUUCUGUGACCAUUGAAGUGUCUUAUGUUGUGGGUCUUCAAUUUUGCAGUUUAUUGAUUCAACAUAAGUGUGGAGCUGGUGUAUUUGUCUGGUGAUUUUUGGGUAUUUGAUCUUUGAUUGCCGUUGUUGAGCAAUUAGGGUUUUGUUGGGGGAAUUCCUAUAUAGAUUGUCUCAAGUCUGUUUGGGGUUCAAAAAACAAUUGGAGCGCAAGAGGAAGGCAUCUGUUUCUGGCUGCUUCUGGUUUUCUUAUCAGGGAGAGAUGGAUAUGAGUGACAAGGAUAAAUUUGAGCUAGAAAAGAGGAGUGGUGAUUCUUUGAACUACCAUUCAGCUAGUAUGUCAUCGGACUGGCGUUUCGGUGGCGGUGGUGGCCAUCUCACAAAUACGUCUAUGAGUACGGUUCAGGGCGGUAAUCCGAUGGCAGUCUGCAAAGGGGAUCUAGUUGGCUCUUCUUCAUGUUCCUCGGCUUCCAUGGUAGACUCAUUUGGCCCAAACCUCUGGGACCAUCCUGCCAAUUCACAAACCUUAGGCUUUUGUGACAUGAAUGUCCAGAACAAUGCAAGCACAUCAAGCACACUAGGAAUUAGAAAAGGGGGUCCAGGUUCUUUGAGAAUGGAUAUUGAUAAAACACUUGACAUUGGUUGGAAUCCACCCAGUUCGAUGCUGAAAGGGGGUAUCUUCUUACCGAAUGCCCCUGGAAUGCUCCCUCAGGGCUUGUCACAGUUUCCCGCUGAUUCUGGUUUCAUUGAGCGAGCAGCGAGGUUCUCAUGCUUCAAUGGAGGUAAUUUUAGCGAUAUGAUGAACCCUUUUAGCAUUCCUGAAUCUUUGAAUCCUUAUUCUAGAGGUGGGGGAAUGCUGCAACAAGAUGUUUUUGCAAGCAAUGGGUUGAAAUCAGUACCUGGAGGGCAAUCUCAAAAGGAUGAGCCAAGCAUGGCUGAAAUUUCAAAAGAUGUUUCUUCGGCUGUGCGUGGGGCUAUGGAAGGGAGUCCACUCAAGAAUGAGAGAAAAAGUGAGAGCUUAGUGAAAUCUCUUGAAGAAGCAAAACAAGGAAUUGGGUUGUCUGGUAAUGAAUCUGAUGAAGCCGAGUUCAGUGGAGGCGGUGGUGGUGGUCAAGAGGAGCCAUCCAUAUUGGAGGGCACAGGUGGUGAACCUUCUUCUGGCAAGGGCCUUGGCUCGAAGAAAAGGAAAAGAAGUGGUCAGGACCCAGAGAUUGAUCAAGUCAAGGGAAGCCCACAGCAACCCGGAGAAGCUUCAAAGGAUAACCCUGAAAUUCAACAUAAGGGAGACCAAAACCUAAGUUCAGUUCCCAGUAAGAACACUGGAAAACACAGUAAGCAGGGGGCACAAGCUUCAGAUCCACCAAAGGAAGAAUAUAUUCAUGUCAGAGCACGGAGAGGUCAGGCAACAAACAGCCAUAGUCUUGCAGAAAGAGUAAGAAGGGAAAAGAUCAGUGAAAGGAUGAAGUUUCUUCAAGACCUGGUACCUGGUUGCAGCAAGGUCACUGGCAAGGCGGUCAUGCUAGAUGAAAUCAUUAACUAUGUGCAAUCACUUCAACGGCAGGUUGAGUUUUUGUCAAUGAAACUUGCUACGGUUAAUCCGCGGCUGGAUUUUAAUAUUGAAGGCAUGCUUGGAAAAGAUAUCCUUCAAUCAAGAGUAGGUCCUUCAUCUACAAUGGGUUUUUCGCCAGAAACAACUAUGCCUUAUCCACAGCUACAUCCAUCUCAACCAGGAUUGAUUCAAGUAGGUCUUCCUGGCUUGGGGAACUCUUCUGAUGCAAUUAGGAGAACUAUUAAUUCCCAAUUGGCGGCCAUGAGUGGAGGGUACAAGGAGUCAGCACCCCAGCUACCUAAUGUAUGGGAGGAUGAACUCCACAAUGUUGUUCAAAUGGGCUUUAGUACUGGUGCUCCCCUCAACAGCCAAGAUUUAAAUGGGUCUCUACCACCUGGCCAUAUGAAAGCUGAACUUUAAUCAUUGGCUUCAGUUUUUUUAUUUUGUGCCACAGGGCGGGCCCCAUUAUGGCAUAUCCUAGAUGCUUGCAUUACUAUCUCCAGGGGGGUACCAGAGCCCAUAUUUUUCCUUGUCCCAAUUAUGAGGCCCAAUGAAGUAUACUAUCUUCCUACUUCAAGUUGUCUGUAAAUUGAUAUACAACUAGCCUGAUAUCAAGGCUUUAAGAGGGUCAGUUGUUGUGUAGAGAAAGCAAGAAUCACCCUAGCUAUGGCAUUUUCAGAUGAAAGAUGCAGCAGUGACCUCCAGUGUUUAUUCAUUCAAGAAUCUAUCAGCAUACACCCAGAAAAGUGAAAAUCCAAUGUUCACAAGAGAGGCUGUUUUCCUUGAGCAAAAGGAUGUAGGAUCAUAGAAGGCAUAAACCAAGCUGUAAAGAUCCCGGGGCAGAUGUUUUACAUUUGAGUGAAAAAGCUCAAGUGGGGUGGUUGUUAAGAGUGCCUCAGCUUCUUGUUGCAGUCGAAGCCAUAGUGGUGCCUGUGUUCAAAUCCAGUAUUUGGAGGAAAGUGGGAAGCUGUAUGUGUCAAUCAGAUAUUUUCAAAAUGAAAUGUUACUCCUUUUUUUUGCCAUUGGAAAUUAAUUUUUGCUGACCCUGCCUGUUGAGACUGUAGAAUAAAACCUGAUUUAGCAUGUCUGGUCUGUUGAUUUGCAAUAGUGGAUUUUCCUGUGUGGAUCAUUUCAUUAUUGCAUGAA